GUCAGCACCAUGGUCAGCGCUCGGGCUCUCCUCCUCGCGGUCACCUGCUGCUACGCCUACCUGUGGCUCGCUCGCGCAGAGGACUCCUCACUGGAGACGCGCUCGUUGGAUUUCCCGCUGAAAACCCAACAGGAGAAGGACCUGAUCGACGCGUUGCAAGAAGUUCUGGAGAAGCUGCGGAGCAAAGAGAUGCCCUCAGAGAAAAAGCUUGGAUGGCUGCCUUCGUGUGACGCAGGGGAGCCGUGCGCCGUGCGUAAAGGCGCGCGUAUUGGCACGCUAUGCAGCUGUCCCCGGGGAACUGCCUGUAACUUUUAUGUCCUCAAAUGUUUGUGAAGAAAAAGAGAAGAAAGAAAAAACAAGAAAGAGAGUGUUCAGGGCUUUGGAGUCACAAAAUCUACUGUUAUCCUCUGUGUGACAAAAAAAUAAAUGUAACGUGAUUAAUAAAGGAUGCUUUUCUUUUAUAAACGUGGACCGGAAGAUGUUAGAAUAAUAGAUUUUAAUGUCUGUGUGCAUCUGUAUCUUUUUAUUUGUCCGCCAGGGAAGUUAUUUGUGUGGGGCUGUGGCAUCUUGUGAAAGACUCUGAAUGCAAGUUUUGUCCUAAAUAAUUUUUCCUCUUGGGUUUUGUUUGUUGUUGUUCCUGUUAUGGGGGGAGAUAGUGAAGCUAUCUAUAGCACCAGGUUCAAAACUCUUUUGUAAGAUAAGGAGGUCAAUAAAUUAACAACUUAUAUUCAAGUGUCUGUGUGUCUGUUGCACUAUUAGAGGUUUGAUCCAGUAUUAUCCAGGAUGGUCUGACCCCAUCCUACAUCACAGACCACCUAACCCCCUAUUCUAUGCACAGAUCCCUCAAAAUUAUAUGACAUAAUAUAAUAAUACAUAUAAUAAAGGGGUUUUAGCCAGUAUUGUCCAGGAUGGUCUGACCCCAUCCUAUAUCGCGACCUCUUAACCCCCUAUUCUACGCCCAGGUCCCUCAAAAUUACACAACAUAACAUAAUGAUACAUACAAUUAAGGGGUUUAAUCCAGUAUUAUCCAGGAUGGUCUGCACCCAUCCUACAUCGCAAACCUCCUAACCUCCAUUUCUACGCCAAGGUCAUUCAAAAAUAUACAACAUAAUAUAGUGAUACAUAUCAUUAAAGGGUUUUAUCCAAUCUUGUCCAGGUUGGCCUGACCCCAUCCUACAUCACAAACCUCCUAACCCCCUAUUCUUCACCAAGGUCCCUCAAAAUUAUACAACAUAACAUAAUGAUACUUAGAAUUAAGGGGUGUUAUCCAGUAUUAUCCAGGAUGGUCUGACCCCAUCCUACAUCACAGACCUCCUAACCCCCUGUUAUCCAAGAUGGUCUGGCCCUAUCCUACAUCGCAGACCUCCUAACCUCCAUUUCUACGCCAAGGUCACUCAAAGUUACACAACAUUAUAUAAUGAUACAUAUGAUUAAGGAGUUUUAUCCGGUACUAUCCAGGAUGGUCUGACCCCAUCCUACAUCACAGACCUCCUAACCCCCUGUUAUCCAGGAUGGUCUGGCCCCAUCCUACAUCACCGACCUCUUAACCCCCUAUUCUACACCCAGGUCCCUCAAAAUUACACAACAUAACAUAAUGAUACAUAUCAUUAAAGGGUUUUAUCCAGUAUUAUCCAGGAUGGUCUGACCCCAUCCUACAUCGCAGACUUCCUAACCCCCUAUUCUACGCCAAGGUCCCUCAAAAUUAUACAACAUAAUAUAGUGAUACAUAUCAUUAAAGGGUUUUAUUCAGUAGUGUCCAGGAUGGUCUGACCCCAUCCUACACUGCAGACCUCCUAACCCCCUAUUAUCCAAGAUGGUCUGGCCCUAUCCUACAUCGCAAACCUCCUAACCUCCAUUUCUAUGCCAAGGUCCCUCAAAGUUACACAACAUUAUAUAAUGACACAUAUCAUUAAAGAGUUUUAUCCAGUAUUAUCCAGGAUGGUCUGACCCCAUCCUACAUCGCAGACCUCCUAACCCCGUUAUCCAGGAUGGUCUGGCCCCAUCCUACAUCACCGACCUCUUAACCCCCUAUUCUACACCCAGGUCCAUCAAAAUUACACAACAUAACAUAAUGAUCCAUAUCAUUAAAGGGUUUUAUUCAGUAGUGUCCAGGAUGG